UACCCCACCGAAUCCACGGCAUUUUACCCUUUUACUCCACCUCAGCCCCAAAAUGGACAUUUCAUGUCAUCUCUCUCUUUCCUCUUUCUAACAUUCAAACCUAACUUUACCCUUAACCAGAGGAAAUGGUAUCGGACUCCGAGCUCGUCGGCCGGCUGCGUGAGUUUCUAAGCACUUCGGACCUCAACACCACCAGCAACGCUGCCGUCCGCCGAAAGCUCGAAGAAGACUUCGGAAUCGAUUUAUCGGAUAGAAAAGUGUUUAUUCGAGAUCAAAUUGAUCUUUACCUUGAAAGCGAGUUUCAAAAUGAGAAGAAUGAGGAAGAAAUGAAAGAAGAAAACGAUGAAGGACCAUCAGCGGAAGUUAAAUCGGAAGUGAGUGAGGAAGAAGAAGACCCGGAGGAGGAGGAAGAAGAAGAAGUAGAGGAAUCUGAGUCUGUUGCUAAAGGAAAACGAAAAAGUUCUAAGAAAAAGCCUGGGAAGAAGAAUGAAAAUGUUAAAAGGAAAGCUGGUGGAUUUACCAAAGUAUGUAGCCUUUCUCCGCAACUUCAGAAAUUUACCGGGGAAACAGAACUGGCAAGGACUGAGGUGGUGAAGAGAAUGUGGCGCUAUAUUCGUGAAAAUAAUUUGCAAGAUCCGUCAAAUAGGCGGAAUAUAAACUGUGAUGACACAUUGCGUGAGCUUUUUGAUGUGGAUACCAUAAAUAUGUUCCAAAUGAACAAAGCCCUUGCAAAGCAUAUCUGGCCUUUGGAUUGUAAUGGUGUUUCCACGAUAACAACUUCUGAUUCAGUAAAUUCUACUGCAAAGGAAAAAAGUUCUACUGCAAAGAAAAAGCGGCAGAAGCAAGAGGAGGAUGAAGAUUCAGAUGAGCCAAAGAGAAAGGAAAAACGGAAGAACUCUGGAAUUCUUGCUCCACUCCAGCUUUCUGAUGCCUUGAUAAAGUUCCUUGGUACUGGAGAGAGUGAAUUGCCUCGAUCCGAUGUUGUUAAAAGAAUUUGGGAAUACAUUAAGCAAAAUGACUUGCAGGUGGACAUUAUUUUGUGGAUCCAUCUGACAAGAGGCAAAUAAUAUGUGAUGAGAAGUUGAAAGAACUGUUUGAUGUCGAAACCUUCAAUGGAUUCGGAGUAGCGAAACUACUUACUCCGCAUUUUAUUAAGGCAGAACGGUGAUAUGGUGGUCAUCAUUUGGUGAAAAUCUCGAUGGCUUUUGAAUUUUGCUUUAAGUUUAAAGCUAGAUACUAACAUCUUUGUUAUCUUUUCUGUUGUAUAUGUUUUUGGACACUACUGUACUGUGGACAACUAUAGGAACACUAUUCUAAGUUGAUUCACUCGUCUUCUCCCAUGAGAACAAAGACCCCACGUUUUGCUCAAACUGAUGAACUUAGGAAGUGUACUUUGAUGAAAAUUGUGAAUAUUCAUGUUGUUUUCAUGUACUUUUCUGCAUCUGUUCUGAAAAUAUACAAGGAUAUAUUGGUGCUUCUAGUUGGAA